GAAGUUUGCAGCGGGAGAGGCUUUCCUUCAAGCUGUUAGUGCUUUAUCCUGGCAGGCUCCUCGAGAUUGUUGUGAGGAGUCUAGCCAGUUGGUGAGCUUUGUAAUCUAAACCAGCUGUCCCCAGGCUGAGGCCCCCAUUUGCAUUGUUUAACAUACUUAGAAAAUGAAGUGUUCAUUUUUAACAUUCCUCCUCCAAUUGGUUUAAUGCUGAAUUACAGAAGAGAACUAAGCAAAACCAGGUGCUUUCUCUGUAUUCUCUCCAGUGUCUGAGGAGGUACAGACUCCUGAUCUUCUCCAUUACUUGCUGUUUCAUUCUUUGGACUAUAAAUGACGGAGGAACUGAAGUGCUAGCAGAGGGUAAUGUUUGGAAACACUUUCUAGUUAUUCAUCAGCACAGACUCUGUUUUUUUUCCACCUUUCCUCAACGGUUUUGGACAUGCAAGGAUUAAAAAGGAUACUGACUGCUUUCACACUGGCCGUCUGCCUUACGAGCCCUGGAAAAGCACAGCAGCAAUGCACUAAUGGGUUUGACCUGGACCGUGCCUCUGGGCAAUGUUUAGAUAUUGACGAGUGUCGGACUAUUCCUGAGGCCUGUAGAGGAGAUAUGGUGUGUGUCAACCAGAAUGGUGGCUAUUUAUGCGUACCCCGAACAAACCCAGUGUAUCGAUCACCAUAUCUGAAUCCUUAUUCAAAUAUUUAUCCACCGCCCCCAGCACCAGGCGCAGUUCCUAACUACCCUACUGUUACAAGACCUCUGAUCUGUCGAUUUGGUUAUCAGUUGGAUGAAAACAAUCAGUGUGCUGAUAUUGAUGAAUGUGCUUCAGACUCCCACCAGUGUAACCCCACCCAAAUCUGCAUUAAUACUGAAGGGGGAUAUACCUGCUCCUGCACUGAAGGCUACUGGCUCUUAGAAGGCCAGUGUUUAGACAUAGAUGAAUGUCGCUAUGGCUAUUGCCAGCAGCUGUGCGCUAAUGUACCUGGUUCAUAUUCCUGUACAUGCAAUCCAGGCUUUACCCUCAAUGAUGAUGGAAGAUCAUGUCAAGAUGUGAAUGAAUGUACAGGCGAAAACCCUUGCACUCAAACCUGCGUCAACACUUACGGCUCUUUCCUCUGCCGCUGUGAACCUGGCUAUGAACUGGAAGCUGAUGGAGUUAACUGCAGUGACAUGGACGAAUGCAGCUUCUCCGAGUUCCUUUGCCAGCAUGAAUGUGUGAAUGAGCCUGGUUCUUACUACUGUAUCUGUCCUUCGGGCUAUAUUCUGCUGGAUGAUAGCAGAAGCUGCCAAGAUAUCAAUGAAUGUGAAAAUAGAAACUUCACCUGCACUUUACAGCAAACGUGUUUCAAUAUCCAAGGAGAAUAUAAAUGUUUAGACCCAGUCAGAUGCGAGGAACCUUAUAUCCAGAUUAAUGAGAAUCGCUGCAUGUGCCCAGCUGAAAACCCUGGCUGCAGAGAUCAACCAUUCACCAUCCUGUACCGAGUCAUGGAGAUGGUGUCCGGGCGGUCUGUGCCUUCUGACAUUUUUCAGAUGCAAGCAACAACUCGCUACCCUGGAGCCUAUUACAUCUUCCAAAUCAAAUCAGGGAAUGAGGGCAGGGAAUUCUACAUGCGGCAAACAGGACCGAUCAGUGCUACUCUAGUGAUGACCCGUCCUGUGAAAGGGCCCCGUACUAUUCAGUUGGACUUGGAAAUGAUCACUGUUAACACCGUCAUCAACUUCAGAGGAAGCUCGGUCAUCCGGCUGAGGAUAUACGUAUCACAGUACUCGUUCUAAACCCUGAGUUUGUGCCCUUCAAACAUUGAAACAGAAAGACCUAAUUCCUCCUCUGCAAAACUCUGUCAGUACAUAUAGCAGCUCGAAACCGAAUCAGUAUUACCACAGAGCCAGUGACCUAAGCCAGUCUGAGGAGGGAGGCCUCUUCGUGCACAGUCUCCACCAGGAUGCAGACAGCCGAAGAUGUAUCAUCAGCAGAUCCCAUAUGAUUCUCUAUAUGGUUAUAUAUUUUAAGAACUCUUUUUUUUUUCCAUUGUAAACAUUUCUAGAGUAUGAGUCUAUGUUUGAAAGACUGUGAACCUUUGUAGCUCCAAGGCUGCUUAGCAAAAAGCACCAAAGAAACUGAGAAAGAAGCUGGCUUUUGCAAUCUUGCUUUAUUCAUUUUAAAAGGAAAGCAGACAAACAAGCAGAAACCAAAACAAAAAACCACCUCUCGAAAGAAAGGAUUUCAGAAGUGCUAACUUACAUUCCCAAUUAUCUCUGGAAUUAUCAGUCAGGCACUUUGGCUCAAUUUGCCCUGCAUUUGUCUUAGUUUCAUCUGUUUCUCUUUCAUUCUAUUUUAUAGUUAAAAUUCAUUGUAAAUUCAUUCCAAAAUACAUGUUGUACUAUGUAAUCUUCUACUUUCUAACGAAGUGUCACAUGUUUGGGUUCCUUACUGUAUUAAAUCUUUCUAUAUAAUAGAGAUCAUAGAAAUCUAUCACUGGAUGGUAUAUUUUACAAUGUUUAGGAUGUCAUGCUUAUUUACACCCAGGCUCUUUGACAUAUGCCUCCACAGCCAAAAUAGUGUCCAGGGGCUUUAGAGCUGAAGAGAAUCAGAUCUCUGUUUUCCCCUGUUUUUCCGACUGUAAUAGUUACAAACAGGUUAUGAUCGUUGUAAGGUAGUACUAACUCAGUAAUUCUGGCUGCAACUAACUACUAAUCUCCCGUUAAAAUACCAUUCAGAUCAGACCAGUCCAUAUUCCUUCAAAGAAAGAAAGAAAGACAGAAAGAAAGAUUUAUUCCAUUUACAUAUAGUGUCUCUCAUACAUUCCUAACAUUGGAGAAAAAAGGCUGAAAGGGACUUGGAAUAGUCAUAUAGUACGUGCCUUUGCCACAAAGCAGAAUCAACUAUGCAACCAGUACCCAGACCUCAAAGGAUGGAGAUCCAGAGUUUCCAUAGGCAAUGUCUUCUCAGGUAUAACUGCUCUAACCAGUAGAAAGUUUUUCCUAAAGUCUAAUGUGAAUGUCCCCUGUUGUAAUUUAAAAUCUGUUGCUUUUUAGUCUACUCCUAGCAGAAAUAGAGAACAGUUUAUUAUAUUCCCCCUUGUAACAGUCUUUCACAUGUCUGAAGACUGUUGUCAUGUCUCCUCUGAGACUGUUCCUUUCUAGUCUAAACAAACCCAAUUCUUUUGGUCUUUCCUCAUACAUCACAUUUUCUAGACCUUUAAUCAUUUUUUGGUUUUUUUUGCUCUCAUCUGGAUUCUAUCCAGUUGGUUCACAUCUUUCUUGAAGUGCAGUGCCCAAAACUGGGAAAAGUAUUCCAGCUGAGGCCUCAUAGUGCUAAGCUAAAUAUAUAUAUAUAUGUGUGUGUGUGUGUGUGUGUUUGAAAAAAAAAAUACACACAAAUAAUUGUGUAGUUUGGAGGUAUAUUCCUCACCUUGUUGAAGGCACUGGCAGUUUGAUCUUUGAUUUUAGUAGGGUCAACAUUUCAUAUACCUUGCUUUUAAAUGUCCUUGAUGUUGGCUCUUUUGCUAUUCCUUCCCACUUUUUUCUUUAUUGGCUUGUUUGCUCUACACCGGGGCUAGGACUAGAAAGAUUCACCUUUGCUGGCCUUUUGGGGGACUAGUAGAACUUAACGUUGCGUGGGAAAGAGAACUUACAAAGAUUAUAAUGCAAAGAGGCAGGAAAGGAGGUCUUCAUUAAAGUAGGAGUUUUAAAUCAAAGAUUAUAGAUGCAAAAUAUUCUUACAAAACAGACUGCAUGACAUGAUCAGAAAAUUGACUCUCUUGCUCCUAAUAAGCUUUGUGAGUUAGUCUGAAGUUGUUUUCUCCCAGCUUUACUAGCAACACUGCUCUUUUUACUUGUGCUCAGCCUGAAGGAAGCCCUGAUACUUUAGCCCACAGCAACAAAAUGCUCUCUACUGAUUCAAGCGUGCUUUAGCAGUUUCCAUUUCUUAAUUGCUCACAGGUUUCUGCCUAGUGCUGCAAAGCGCUGGGGUUCAGAGCUCUGUAGGCAGGCUGCCCUCUGCCCCCUGCACAAACCUGGCUUGCACCUGACUCCAGGCUUCAGCGGGCCAAGCAGCGUGCUGGAAGCCAGCGGGUUUGUGAGCAGCUCACUUGGAGGGCACAAAAGUAGAGGAGAUGUGCAGAAAAAUACCAGAAACCAGAACGUGUUUCAUGAGUGGGUCACACAUGCCGCAGUCUUGGAGGGGAAAAUAGAGAUGACCAGAAAGGAGGAAUGAUUGUUGAAGCAGUGAUGCCAAAACUGCUCACGGGUACCAAAUGAUGGCAGGGGGACAAGGGAAACGAGGAGGCUCCGGUGGAGGAGAAAGAAAAGGGGGAGGCAGAGUCUUUCUUUAAAGGCAUUAAAUGCUUUACGAAGCUAAAAGUUUUCCCAGUGGCUGGAAGUCCUUCUCCCCCCCCCCCUCCCUUUUGUGCCCCUCUGCUAUCACUUCUUCAUGCCUGGUUGAGGGGUCCACUCUCUUGCUCCCAUCACAUCACCUCCUGGAGAGGAAGAGCACUCUGUCAGACAUCAGGCAGUUUCUCAGUUCUGGGCUGUUCUCCCAUGGCCCCCACAUAUCAAGCUGAUUUAGCCCUAAUUUAGAAACAUCAAAAAACCAGAGGAAUUCCAUAACAAAAUACUUUGUUAAAAGAGCAAAGCUUGAAUGCUUAGUUUUAGUAUGGUCCAGUGAAUACUCAUAAAACAAUAUUACACUUUCUAUAUAAACAUUCUGUGCCCGAAAAAAAAAGUGAAAAGUCUGGAAACAAAGGAAUUCAGCCACUUCCCGACCGACAUAACAUCUUUCAUCACUCACUAUCACUCCAGCCAACUUUAACUUUGCCAAAAUAUAUGCCAAUCUCAAAAUAAUAAAUUACCACCAGUUUAUAAUAUCUAAACUCUCCAUUUCCUAUUCAGGGAUGUGUUUCCAAUAGAACGUAGCAGGCUCAUAUAUUACAGCAAUUCUCACCAAAUAAAAGAAAGGAUUAUGCAUGACAGGUCUUUACAUGAUAAAAUUUAAAAAUGCAAACUUGUGACUCCUAUAUGUUCAUGCUCUCCUUUGAGGCCAGCUCUCUCUAAGAGCAGACAGAUUUCCCACUCCAGACUAGUCAGAAAUUCCUUCUUCUAACCUAUGAUUUUCUAACAGGAGGAAUUUUACCAUAUGGACAAUAUUCUGGCCAAAACAAGAUGAGGGCGCUGACCUGGCUUCUCUCUGGCUCUGCUGCAGGGCUACCCUGACAUGUUCCCGUUUCCUGGCAGAGCUGGGGAGGGCCAGCUCUCCUCCUCCCCUGCCUGCCAGCUGUCACGUCUAUUUAAACAAAGUUCCUCAGGAAAGAGACUGCCUCUCACUACAUGGUUGUACAGCACCUGUUGCCGGUGCAAUAACUGGAAUAAAUAUAAAUAAAGGCAGAAAUGACAAUAAUCUUUGAUACAGAUCACAGUGAUUGGGAAGGAGAAGCUACUCUGACAAAUGAGCCACAUGAUUCAUGCUAUUCUGGUUAGGGGGCAGAGGGAGAAGAAUGGCAAUAGGUGAACCAUCCAGUACUGUAGAGUUGAAUGGAUCCUUUCCUGGAUUAUUUGACUUUGAAAUAUUUUUAGGGGAUCAAGUUUUUUAAAUACAGACAACAUAAUGUUACUUCCCUGAGAGUUUGCUGGACUCCACAGAGUCACUUUUCAACCCGUACUUCUCCGAAAACAAUAACUUUGUUGGAAUAACUAAACUUCUCUGAGUGUCUGGUAACCACCCCCAUCGCCAAAAAUGCAGCAUCCAGUGCUCUUUGGUAUUUAAUGCAGAGCUGUUUCCUUUUCAGUUAGGAAGACUAUCCUUAUAUUUAUCUUCUCUUGGCUCAAUCUUUACAAAAUUUAGUCUUCCACUCUUAUAUCCUCAUCACAGACUGUGUCCGACAGUAUUAGCAUCAGUACGACUUACUCAUUUUUCUGUGACUAGAACAACCAGAGCAACAGCAUCAAUAAAUUUUGUGUUUCUUCAUGUUCUCAAGUGCAACAUAUUCACAAAACACGUUACUGAAUCUUUUCUGUAGAAAAAGAAAAAAGAAGUUGUUUAAUCCUGACAGGCACCAUUGUAUGAGGGCAAAUAAAUCUUCAUCCUUGAUGAACUAACCCUCAGCUGAUGUUAAUUAUCAUUACUCCACUUCUCUUUAAUGGAAAGAUAGAAACCAUAUUGAGGAUCCCCUUUACAGGUGGUUGUAUGGAGGGGGAAUUUUCAGCGGCUAAAACUAGUUGUGAUCAUAUCGUUCUGCGUUUGGAGCAAAUUGUGUUUCCUCAUCUGACACAAGUGCAUAAAUGUAAUUUAAAUCCUUCA